UAUGUCAUCGAGUGGAAAUGUUGUAUAGUGAGAGUUUUAUAGGGAAAUGAAGAUAAAAAGAUCAGACACGCCGAUAUGCAAGCUAAAGAGUUAACGGGGAGGAAGAAUUUACAGUAAGGAGGUUCAGCAAGUCAGAUAAAAAAUCUUUACUGCUUUCGCUUACAAAAUGCGAAUUUGCAAACAAGGGGAAGAUGUGUGAGCAAUUUGCAACAUAGAUGUCCCUGAGUGGGGAGGAACGAGAGUUGCGCUGUGUGCUGAGUUGGUUCUGUAACUGGGAAGACCACCAGAAAGAGCAGUUCCUCACAGUCCUUGUGGAAAAGGCUGUUCCUCCUGAUGUCGACCAACUGUUUAGGGGCUUGGAUCAGCUUAAUCUUAAUGGCUGUUGUCAAUCUGUGAUACAAUGCCAAUUGAAGCUGUUCUCUCAGUGGUUUGACAACUGGAGUCACCAACAUCGUAAUCGCUUUCUCUUUAAUCUGCAGCUGAAAGACCCAAGUUUUGUUGAGAAGUUCCAAGCCCUUGUCAACCAGAAAACUUGAUUAAGAAGUAGAGAACCACGCCAUAAUUCAUGAAUGGAAGACAGAAGCAUACAUCAAGAUUCGGAAGAGGAAAGGAAUUAGGAAUUUGAUCAGGUCUUUUAGCUUCUAAAAGGAAAACCAAGAGAUAAUCCACCCAAUUUCAACAGCCUAAAUUAAGGGUCGAGUCAUCAUGCCGCAGCAGCACACAACAGCGGACCAGGUGAACUUCCUGACGCAGUGGUUCACCAGCUGGUCAGAGAUGCAGAGGGAGGAUUUCAUGCCCAUCCUCAUUCAGGCUUAUCAACCCAAGGACCACAUCAAUGGCCUUCUGGGUGGCAUGGAUGCCUUGACGGUCCAUGGAAGAAGGCCCUCUCUUUUUGACUGUCAGGUCAAACUGUUCCAUGACUGGUUUGGAAACUGGGCAGAGAGUGAGAAAAGCCGCCUGCUUGAGCAGCUUCGUGUGGCAGACCCAGAUUUCAUGGCCCAGUAUGACAAGCAGAUCAACAGCAGCUCACCUGCAGCACAGGAGGAACCCCCAGCCCCAGUGGAGAGUCUGGAGGAAGGCCAUAACCCACCCAGCUCUGUCAGCUCCCCACCUAGCACGCUCCCUCGCUCCCACAGCCCCCAUGACUCCGGCUUGGAUGAGCCACCCAGUGACAGCGACCACACAGAACCCCACAGCCUGGACUCCAGCCAUGAGCCAGAAGACCAGAGGAUGGCCAAUUCACAGGUAGCACUGGAGAGUGUCACAGCUCCCACGCCUCCCAUGAAGCCUUGCAUUAGCCCGGCAGAAAACACAGCGUGUCAAAAGCCAGAGGCUCUGGCCAAUGGCUGUAGUGAUGUUAUCAACUCUGCCCCAUCAGAGCAAGUCCUAACCACAGCUUCCAUUGAGGAAGGACAGGUGGAGCAGUAGAGGUACUGUAUGCUGCAAUAUCUUCAACUUCUUUUUCUUACUCUAGCAUCAUUGGUUAUAUGAUAUUGUAAUAUUACUUUUGUCUUUGCAGUAGAGAAAUUUUGCUUUUGAAAAAAAAAAAAAAAAAAAAAAAAAAAAUGCAGUAAACCAAAA